AUGAGUGUGACAUCAUGGUUCCUGGUGAGCAGCUCGGGGACGCGGCAUCGCCUCCCCAAAGAGAUGAUCUUUGUGGGCCGGGAGGACUGUGAGCUGAUGCUGCAGUCUCGCAGCGUGGACAAACAACACGCUGUCAUCAACUACAACCAAACUACUGAUGAACACCUGGUCAAAGACCUGGGCAGCCUCAACGGGACGUUUGUGAACGACCUGAGAAUCCCUGAUCAGACCUACAUCACCCUGAAAGUGUCUGACAUCAUCCGCUUUGGAUACGAUUCUCAUGUUUACGUUCUGGAGAAAAGUCAACACAAAGUCCCAGAGGAGGCACUGAAGCACGAGAAAUACAGCAGUCAGCUGCAGAUGAGUCUGAAAGCUUCAGAGGGAAAAAGAGCCGAGCUGGAGGAGCGAAGCCGAGCCGAUAAAAGCCCCAGCACCAAGACAACGGUGGCAGAGACUCCGGUGAGUCGGCCCACGCCUCUCUACGGUCAGCCGUCCUGGUGGGGAGAGGAGGAUUAUGGGAAUAAAGUCCAGAGCAGCGAUGAGCAUCAUCCAGACUUGCAGAGAGACGCUUCAUCUGUGGAUCCGGAUCUGAGCGGAUCUCUGUCAGACUCGCAGCCAAAGACCUUCCCUCCGUACCACCGUGAGCCGAGCUACUUCGAGAUCCCCACCAAGGACUUCCAGCCCCCCAAAACGUUAGGGGCGGAGCUCCAUGAGAUCCCCACCAAGGACACGGACCCGGCCCCGGCCCCAGCUCCUCCCUCCCCCCCCACCCCAACCCCGCCCGUCGUCCAGAGCCACGCCUCCUUCACCAUCGAGUUUGAUGACUGCUUGCCCGGCAAGAUCAAGAUCAAAGAUCACGUGACCAAGUUCUCCACCCGCCAGAGGAAGCAACAGGCUCUGCCCACUAAGGCCGCCACGGCCACGCCCACCGACAUGAUGUCAGCAGAGAGCAAGGUGGCUGAUUGGCUGGUCCACAGUGAUGUCAGCAUGAUGAGGAGGCGUCCGAUGUGUGAAGAUGUUUACAGCACCAAGAGUGACCUCGCUAUGAACAUCAAGACACUCAAAGGUCACCACCAUGACGACGGGACCCAGAGUGACUCAGAGGACCCUGUGCUUAAAGGAAGGAGGAGUAAAUCCCACCACUCUGUCCACUCUCAACAGUCCAUCCAAUCAGAGCAGUCUGAGUCGUCGCAGCAAACUGUCCAAUCAGUGCAGUCCAUCCAUUGCCAGCCGGCUGCUCCAAUGCCAGUGCAGUACUCUCCACCCAGACCAGCCCCAGCCUCACCUGUGGCCCCAGAGCGGCCCCUGUCCCAGAGCCCUCCUCAGGCUCAGUCCCCUACCACAGAAACGCCCAAGCAGGGGCCACCUGAGCACCUCACCCAGCAGGCCUUCAUCAUCGAGUUCUUUGAUGAUAACCCCCGCAAGAAGCGCUCGCAGUCCUUCACGCACAACCCCGCCCACGCUGACUCCUACUCCGCCCUCAAAGCUAAGCUGGAGCGAAGGAAAGGCGGCGAGAGGCCAGCAUCGGUGCACGGGCACAUCCCUCCCACCCAGCAGGUGACGGUUCCUCUGAAGGGUCAGGGCCACGGUGGCCCCCAAAGGUCGAGCUCUCUUAAGAGGGAAAAGACGGAAGGGGAGGCAGCCUCGUCUGGCUCCUCCUCUCGCUCCUCUUCAGGCAUCACCAUCAGACCCUUCGGCAGCGUCGGGAAGAAGUCGAAGCUUGCCCAGGAGUUUGCUGCUGAAUAUCUGAAGGAUUCUGGUCAAAAAGACAACUCCCCAACGAGGGACAAGACAUCCCCUCCACCAAUGUCUGCACCGCCAGUGAUGGUGACACCUCCAAAUGCAAGAAUUCCCUCCCCACCAGAACCUCCAGCUCCUUCUGCAGUGUCCUACCCAUCCUCUCCCUUACGAUCCCAUCCAAAAACCCAUCCGAUCUCAAAGUCCUUGAUCCCCACCAGCACUGCUGGCCAGACUGCCUCUCCGGUCCACUCCACAGGACCCAACCUAAUGUCCCCCAUACUGGCCCUGGGUGUCCGUGGAGGAGACCCCAAAGCUUCUCCGAGGAUGGUGAGGAACGAGGAGGAUGACAGCCUGAGUGAUGCCGGGACCUACACCAUCGAGACAGAGUCGCAGGACAAAGAGGUGGAGGAAGCUCGCAACAUGAUCGAUCAGGUGUUUGGUGUCCUCGACUCUCCAGAGUACAGUGGUGUGAACACAGGAGUGUAUAGGCCUGUAAUAAAUGAUGGCAAAGAUGAGCAAGCUAACCUGCCUAGCACUGUGGACCCGUUGCAUGGCUUUAUCCCAGCUGCUCUCUGCGGCUCCCCAACAGGCCCCAUACAGGUUCCUCCUGCUCAUGCAGCAGGUCUGGAAGGACCUAAAUGGGUUUCCCGUUGGGCCAGUCUGGCAGACAGCUAUGCUGAACCUGGUUCCACUCCACCGCAGGGGGAAUGUCUAGAAGAUUUGCGCUUGAUGAGCCGGUCGAUGGGAAGUUACAACUACGACAACUCUGAGUCUGAGUCGAGCCACAGCUCCAGGACCAGGAGGCUGCUGCCCCAGGUGCCCCCAGAAAAGCUGGAUAGCACCACCCCAAGUAUCCUGAUUCGCCAUGAAGCUUUCCCAGGUCCAGAGCCACUGAGCAAAGCCUCUGGUACUCCCCGCCCACAGGACUCCACCCAGCGCCUGUCCGUCCAGGAUGACGUAGACCCAGACAGUCUGAGUGACGCCAGCCGCUCAGAUGAUGGACCCAUUCUGGAGAAAUCAAAGAAGAAUCAGGCCAGGACUGGAGCGCCUUCUCUAGGGAGCGCAGGUCCUCCACUCAAGGGUCAGGAGAAAGUGUCUCCAUCCACCAAAUCAACCUCCUUCUACAUUGGUUCUGAAGACAGUCCAGGCAAACCUGAUCAGGCCAGGAGUCCAGUGCAGUCUGAGAGGACACGAGAACCCCCAGCAAAAACUCCCCCCACAACCGUGCUGAUCCGACACCUUAGCGGGCAUGAACCCAAGAGGACUGGUGUCAAACCCAACAGCUCCGCUCCAAACCUACAAACACAGGACAAGGAUUCUGUCCCCACUAAGGACAGCUGCAUGUUGUCCUUCGUCCGGCAGGAGAGCUUCACCAAAGACCGACCCAGUGACACCGUCCAGAUGAAGAAGCUUCCCCACAUUUCCAGCCAGCCAUCCAUCAGAGACAUGGAGCAGAGGAGGGAGAACAUCCAGGACACGCAGUCCUUCCUCCAGGAAACUGAGGGAACUCUGUCUUCUUUGGACACCAAGUUUCCAUCUUCUGGCUCUGGUCGUAGCUCAAAGAAAGGAGGCUCCUCCAGUCACAUGGACGACUCACUUUCUGGUGAGUCCGAUGUGGACACAGCGAGCACUGUGAGCCAGGUGAGUAGUAAAAAUGCUCCAGUCAGUUCUGUUCCUAAAAAGCGUCCAGCCAUCAGCAGCCUUCAAAAGGAGAAGUCCUCCUCCAGCCCGUCAAUCCAAGAAAAGGGACGGCAGCUCACUGCCCGCGAACGCCUUUCUGAGAAACGCCGAAACCAGGCGCCUGCCGAUGCAUUGAGCAAAGCAGAGGCAGCAAAGCGCUUUCAGAUGCGCCGCAGUGCAGGAAACCGUGGCUCUCUGGAUCUGUCUGAGGGCCAACAGAGUUCAGCUCCACACUGGACUGAAACAACAUCAUCUGACCAUGAAAUUUCCCGUCCGUCCAGCCGUAGCAAGAAAGUCAUCGCCCCCCUUCAAAAAGAAGAUAAUGGAAAGACGUCGAAGACAGCAUCUCAGCAGGUUCUGACACGCUCCAAUAGCCUGUCAGCGCCACGGCCGACCAGGGCAUCAAUGCUUCGACGAGCACGUCUGGGGGAAACCUCAGAUAACGAAGGUACGGAGACUGACCGGGCCUCCCAAAAUUCAGACCAUAUCACUGCACCUCCCAAAACGUCUGCUGAAGUGAAGAAGCUCUCCAGGCUGGACAUCUUGGCGAUGCCAAGAAAGAGGACCGGCUCUUUCACGGCUCCCAGCGACAACGAGACGUCCUCCACGAGCCGGACCGGGUUCUCCAAUCGGAACUCUGAGUCUGCUGUUACCACCAGGAAGACGUCGGCGGGUGACGCCCGCCAGGCAGCUAGCAGAGGGGGCGCAGCUCCAGGGAAGCAAACGCUGACCCGUACCCGGUCCAGUGGAGCCAAGUACACCAGCACUGGUUCCCGUCACAGGCAGAAGGGCUCAGACUUCUCCUCUUCCUCUGAGGAAGAGUAUAAGACAAGCACCAGUAAUCAGAAAGCCAAACGCUCCUCCCAUCCCUCCGCCCAGACGCCUCGCCACCGGACAGCCGCCACCCGCUCCAAAUCUGUCUCCCUGGAGACGGAGGAAGAUGAAGACCAGAACGACGGUGACCCCUACCAGAACUGGUCCACGCACAGCGCCGAGAUCGCCAAGCUCAGUCAGGACUUGGCCAAAGAUUUGGCCAUCCUGGCGAAGGAAAUCCACGAUGUGGCCGGUGACGGAGACUCACCGAGCUCCAGCAUGGGCACCAGCACCUCACCCAGCUCACUGCCCAACACGCCAGCCUCCACCAUCUCUGCCAGGGAGGAGAGGCCAUAUCCAUACUUACGUGGAAUUCAACCAUCUCAGCUGGUCCAUCAUAUCCCUGAGGCCAGUUUAAACUACCAGAAGGUUCCGCCAGGUUCUGCUGCCGUCUCGGACCUGGACGCAAACAUGAAUGAGCCGGAGACCGGUUCUAAGCAACGCCGUCCAUGGAACCGUGAAGAGGUGAUCCUUGACAACCUGAUGCUGAAUCCAGUGUCACAGCUGUCACAGGCCAUCCGCGAGAACACCGAGCAGCUGGCCGACAAAAUGAAGGUUCUGUUCCAGAACAAGGCGGAGGUCUGGGAGGAGAUCGAGGCCAAGAUCAACGCUGAGAACGAAGUCCCCAUUCUGAAAACCUCCAACAAGGAAAUUACCUCGAUUUUAAAAGAGCUGAGAAGAGUCCAGAGGCAGCUGGAAGUGAUAAACACCAUCGUGGAGCCCGGCGGGAGUCUCCAGAUUGCAGCUGUCGGCACGUCGGCCCCCAGUCAGACUCCUCAGGUGUCCUCAAAGGAGAAGAAACCUGCUUCCAGAUCCCGUGGUGUCCCCCCAACCUCCAACGCCAAUGAAAGCACCAAGAGACCACCUCGUGGACCCGACGGGGCCCACUACAUGGCCUGA